AUGGCGAGAGGCAGCGCCACAGCCGCCCUGCGACACGCCGUCCUCGCCGCCCGGACCACGUGCGCCAAGGUGCUGAAGAAACUGGGCCCCCGUGGAGCGCGGCGGCCGCGCCACCACGUGGCCAUGGCGGCCAGCGACAACCCGGUCUUCUCCUGCGGCGAGCCCGCCGUCUGCUCAGCAGAACCGCAGCGGCCGCCGGCCGACGUUCAGCCGGAGGACGCCAAGAGCCGCCUCACAGUCCUCACCUGGCUGGACGACGUCGCGGACCUGGAGGACAUGGACAACCGCCUCAACGAGGCGCUCGAGGCCAAGAUGGCCGCCGCCCAGCGCGGCGGCUGCACCAGUGGCUAGCCCCUCGCUGCUCUGCUAGCAUCCGCACAAUACGUGUGAAACGUCAGAACUUCUACCUCGCAUUCUGCGUAGAACAAGUUUUAUUAGCGUUUUGUAAUACGCACACGAUUACAAAUAUUAUAUUGGAGUAAUACUUCCAUUUAGCAGUAUUUCGUAAACAUUCACUUGAACAAGUGAAUCUUUGUUACCUGAGUACAAGAUAUACGCUUUCUGAUAAAUGUAGAUACAUCUUAUUUAUCGAUCUAAAAAUUAUUCUUAUAUUGUUUAGCAAAACUUCUGUAUCGCUGUCUCUA